AUGGCCGAUACAAACUUCCACGAUCCCCUGGAUCCACAAGUCUACUAUGAAGGGUUCCCUAUUGACAAAGGGUCUCUGUACGAUCGGUUCAAAGACAUCGACCAGUUAGAACACUUCCGUACAUACAUGCAGCGACUAGAGAAGCCUGAAACUCGGAAUUUUGUAUUGGAUUUUGGGAACGAAGAUGCAUAUUGUGCGAUAGAUUUGGGAACCAACGAUUUUAAAAACCACCUCUGGGCCCCAGAAGAGCAAACAGAAACCAUCAAAGUGAGUGGAAACGCCAAGAUUUAA